AUGGCCGGAUUCGCCGACGACUCCGACCUCGACGUCCUCGGGCCGAGCGCGGGGCAACCCGUCGAACAGGAGGCGGAGGAAGAGGAGGAAAAGGAGGCUAAAGCAUCGGUACCGGUUGACGACGACGGCCUGACGACACACCGACAAACCGGCGAGCAGGAGUGGCGACUGCCGGUCCACCACUUUCUCGACGCCCGGGGCCUCCUGCAACCCCGAACGCCGUGGGACCGAGACCCGGCCGGUGCAGAAACGGCUCGGCCGGCGAAUCCGAUGAGUCUGGCGAGUUCGGCGAAUCAGCGUCCGGAGUGGAGUCCUCGAGGAUUGCUCGAGCCAGUCGAGUCGGUGCUCGACUCGAGCAGCGGUCCGUCGCGUCAGUCCCACUUCGUCGCGGCCACGUCGCGUCCCAACGUCGUGGCCGCGUCGAACGACGUUAAUCUGGCCGAUGGGAUUCGCCAGUCGGUCGGUCACUCGUCGAUCGGCUCGUCGGUGCGAAAGCGAUGCGUCAAAGAGACACUGAAAACAUUCGUCCGUGAAGAGAUGAAGGAGCGCGUCUUCCUUCAAGAACCCGGACAGCCUGGCAACGGUCUCAUGCAACCGACGAGUCGAUCCGAGUCCACGGAUCAGCCACGAGUGGUCGUCCGAAAAGUGCCGCUUCGGCGGCUCCCUUCCGCCAGUCCGCCGCCGCCACCGCCGCCACCGCCGUUCGGUCGGGUCGGUAUAGCAACCGAGCCGGCCGAAGAGACAAGACCACAAAAAAUGAAGAUGGAAAAAGAAGAAGAAAAGGAGGAGGAGGAAGAGGAGGUUAUAGAAGACGAGUCGGACAUCACGGCUGCGAUACGCGAAAAGAUCGCGGAGGUCUCUCAGUUCCGACGCAUCCUCAACGGCCAAGCGACCUACGCGCAAGGGAGUCUGAGAGAAAGCGUAAAGAUGCCGAGUGAGGUGAGGCCAGCAACUGGCACCGGCCGGAGCGUGGCAGUUGCUGUCCUCCCGACGGAGGCUGAAAACGGCUUCAACCCACCGAAGCCGAGGUUCAACCUCUUCUCGAGGACGUCGAAUGGGCGAGACGAAGAUCUGAUGGUGUUGAAGGUGAAGGGGGCGUGCGUUGGAGCCAGCCGGCCGGGAAUCGCACUCACGAGCGUUCAGUCGAGACCGGUGAUGACGUUGUUUGGCUGUGCCGUGAAGAGGCACAACGAAGAAGUGGCCGAGGUUACCGAAGACGAGACGGAGACGAGGUGGUCUCGAACCCCAGUCUACCCGCUCAGUUGCCAGCAACAGGCGAGUCCGAAUGGAGAUGCGCUGAAUUGGCGUCCAGUGCCUUGCCAGACCUCGAACUCAGUCGUUCUAGUGAAGGAAGCGUCCGCGGCAAGAGGAAGGAAGGAGAAGGAAUGGGACUCGAAAGAGGAUAACUUUUCAUCACGACAGACUGUCACGAGGUCGAAUGCAACGCUUUAUGACCAACAAAGGUACAGAAGACAAGCACAAUUCGGAGGUAAGUCGAAAUAUUAA